AGAUCAGAUUCAACCAAAACACACUUAACAAAAUCUGAACAACUCCUUAGAAUAGAUGACCAUGAUUUUGCAAUGAGACCUGGAUUCGGAGGAGCAGCAGUAUCUGUUGGUAUAGAUGUCCAGAUUGAAAGCAUUGACAGUAUUUCAGAAGUUGAUAUGGACUUUACAAUGACUUUAUAUCUAAGACAUUACUGGAAAGAUAGCAGACUCGCUUUCUCAAGUUCCAACAACAGAAGUAUGACAUUUGAUGGAAGACUAGUCAAGAAAAUUUGGGUUCCAGAUGUAUUUUUUGUUCACUCCAAAAGAUCUUUCAUACAUGACACAACCAUGGAGAAUAUCAUGCUAAGGGUAUAUCCAGAUGGCAACAUCCUGUACAGUCUAAGGAUAACAGUCACUGCCAUGUGUUCAAUGGAUUUUAGCAGCUUUCCCCUUGAUACACAGAACUGCUCACUUGAACUUGAAAGCUAUGCUUACAAUGAAAAAGAUCUGAUGCUCCACUGGAAGAAUGAAAAGGAACCACUUAAGACAGAUGAACAGAUUUUACUUGCUCAGUUUUUCAUACAAGAAUUCCGUGCAUCAAGUGGACUUGCAUUUUAUAGCAGCACUGGUUGGUACAACAGAUUGUUUAUUAAUUUCAUCCUAAGGAGGCACAUUUUCUUUUUUCUUUUACAAACCUACUUUCCAACCAUGUUAAUGGUCAUGCUAUCUUGGGUUUCCUUCUGGAUUGACAGAAGAGCAGUCCCAGCUCGAGUUUCACUGGGAAUAACAAUUAUUCUGACAAUGUCAACAAUUAUAACUGGAGUGAAUGCAUCUAUGCCUCGAGUAUCUUACGUUAAAGCUGUGGAUAUCUACCUCUGGGUCAGCUUUCUCUUUGUAUUCCUUUCUAUAAUUGAAUAUGCGGCUGUAAACUAUCUAACCACUGUAGAAGAAAGGAAAAAAAUGAAACAGAGAGAGAAGUUUUCAGAUUCCUUUAGGUUGAAUCAGACGCAAAACAUGGCUUUUGAUGGCUGCUACCAUGAUAGCCAGCUGGACCUGUCAGACUACACCGAAGCUCGUUUAAGUGUAGCAAAUACUGAAGCCAGAGAACGUGUAUCCUGUCCAAAUACAGAUGGUCAACAGUUAAGAAGGAAGAAAUCUAUCAAGGGGAAUGUCACUGCAAUUAUUAUAAAGAACAAUCAUGCUAUUGAUACCUACUCAAGGGUUUUAUUUCCUGCAGCAUUUAUUCUUUUUAAUUUCAUUUACUGGUGCUUAUUUUCAUAA